GUUGAGGAGAUUAACGGGAUUUAUGAGCAGCACUAUUUAAGUGACGGGCGAGAGACACGUCCCGGGACGAGCUCCGGUACAGAUGCUUGCAGAGCAACGAGAGGGAACAAGGCUGAGGUUCAAAGCAGCAACAGAGCUCUCAAGGCGUCGUGCGUUUUCUACCCAGCAGAGGAUGCAGCUGGUUGUCAUGGCAGCAGUGCUGGCAAUGGCGGGGACGGGACAGGGCUGCAGCCUCGGCUGCAAACUGGCCAACAUCACUCUCCGCGUGGAGAGCUGCGGCGUCACCGAGGUGAUCGAGACCACCGAGUGCAGCGGACUGUGCCACAACCAGGAUCCCAACUACAUCGGCAAUGGCGACAUGGACGAACAGAAGAUCUGCAACGGGGACUGGUCCUACGAGGCGAAGCACAUUAACGGAUGUCCGGUGGCCGCCAGGUACCCAGUGGCCUCAAACUGCAGGUGUACCACAUGCGAUGAAGACAGCACGUACUGCGGACGCACUCCCAGAUACAUGCCCAGCUGCUUUUCCCGCUAAAGAGCCCCGACAUCCAUUCAUACAGUGCAUUUACCCUUUACCUCUGUUUCACUUGACUCUGGACGGAAAUAAACUGGCAUCACUUAA